GAGGAAGGAAGGAAAGAAGGAAGCGGAGUCCGCGGCCGGAGCCCUGAGGAGAGGCCUCGCUUCCCGUCGCGCCGGGGUCUGGGGCCUGGCCUGGCCUGGCGGGCGCCAUGAGCGGGGGGACGCCGUACAUCGGCAGCAAGAUCAGCCUCAUCUCCAAGGCCGAGAUCCGCUAUGAGGGAAUCCUGUACACCAUCGACACCGAGAACUCCACCGUGGCGCUGGCCAAGGUUCGUUCUUUUGGUACAGAAGAUAGACCAACUGAUCGACCCAUACCACCUCGUGAUGAAGUCUUUGAAUACAUUAUAUUUCGUGGCAGCGAUAUCAAAGAUUUAACUGUUUGUGAACCACCUAAGCCACAGUGCUCUCUGCCUCAGGAUCCAGCUAUAGUUCAGUCCUCUCUAGGGUCAUCAGCUCCUUCUUCAUUCCAGUCAGUGGGCUCCUACGGUCCUUUUGGCAGAAUGCCAGCCUACAGUCAGUUUAGUCCAAGUCCCUUAGUGGGUCAGCAGUUUGGCGCUGUUGGCGUUGGAAGUUCACUGACAUCUUUUGGCACUGAGACUUCAGCCAGUUCGAAUUUGCCCCCAAGCAGUGUUGUUGGUUCUACUUUUACAACAGAUGCAAGACCACUUAAAACACAGGUCUCACAAGGUCGCUCAAGUCCUGCAGGAGACCAUUUGAGAAAGAGCCCAAUGUUGGAACAAGCCGUGCAGACGGCCUCCACCCACUUGCCUACUUCAGCACCAGUUGGAAGGAGGAGUCCCAUUUCAGCCAGAUCCAUGGCAUCUGCGAGCCAAAAAUCCUCAGAAAGUCAGGAGCACAGGAGAGCUGAAGCACACAAGAUUUCAAGAUGCGAAGCAGAGCAUCUCAGAAAUGAAAACAAACGGCAGCUGGUUGCAGGUACAUCUUCAACACGAAGGGGGCGUGGGGGUCAUCGAGGAGGCAGAGGAAGAUUUGGUAUUAGACGUGAUGUUCCAAUGAAGUUUGAGAAGGACUUUGACUUCGAAAGUGCAAAUGCACAGUUUAAUAAAGAGGAAAUAGAUCGUGAAUUUCAUAAUAAGCUAAAACUGAAAGAAGACAAGCCAGAGAAGCCAGUAAAUGGAGAAGACAAGGGGGACUCGGGUGUUGAUACCCAAAACAGUGAAGGAAAUGCAGAUGAAGAAGACCCACUUGGACCCAACUGUUACUAUGACAAAACCAAGUCCUUCUUCGAUAACAUUUCCUGUGACGACAAUAGAGAACGAAGACCAACCUGGGCAGAAGAAAGACGGCUAAAUGCAGAGACAUUUGGGAUUCCAUUGCGUCCAAACCGUGGCCGGGGUGGCUUCAGAGGUAGAGGAGGCGGCGGAGGAGUUGGUGUCUUCCGAGGAGGUAGAGGACGUGGAGGCACGAGAGGCAGUUACGGCACCCCUCGAGGAUUUCGUGGUGGAUUCAGAGGCGGACGCGGUGGCCGGGAAUUUGCAGAUUUUGAAUACAGGAAAGACAACAAAGUUGCUGCCUAGCUUGCAAAGAGGUUCAGAGCAGGUGGGCUGGUAGAGCCUGAAGGUCCAGAGAAGGGGUUGGUCUUUGCAAAGAAUUAACUUAAUUCGCUGUAAAACUUGUCACCAGCACUGGGGUGGGGUGGGGUUUGUUUCUGAUUUCAAAGGGGCAAGGAGCAGGAACCCUUCAGGAAAAAAAAAUGGCCAUCUUCAGAAACCAUGAGCAUUAAAUAUAUUUGAGAUAAAAGACUUAAGUAAUUUCUUACAUAUAGUUAGACUAUAAAGCAGUACUUGAGUGGAGUUUUAAGUAUUUUUUUCAUCACAAAAGAUUUUUCGUAACCAAAAUUGUACUUAAUAAUUGCUGCAGGCUGCAACGACAGAGGGCCGCCAGUACUGUGAGUGUGUUGAUCCAGUGACAGUUGUUUUUGGAAAUCCAGUAAUCUCCCUUUGAGAUAGUUGUACUUUUUGUCAAAUAGGGUGCUGGGCAGUAGAAACCUGAUUUGUCAGUUAAAAAAAAAUGUAAACACAGUAAAUCCUGUUUCUUGGGCAAAGGAAGACUUUUUAUAGUUGUAUACUUCUGUGAUUAUCCCAUUGCCAAAGAAACACUAGGGACUUUGUAUAGCUGUAUAAAAAGCAACUAAUUUUUUAAGAAUAAACAUUUUUAAGUCUACAAACCUGUGUUGAAAUGCCAAACACACACACACACAAAUACACACAAGUUAAGUUGUUUGGGGUUUUCUUUGUAGCUUUCCAGCUUUAAACUUGUUUGCUUUUCUAUUUUGACUAUAAAUACAUAUUUGAAAUGUUCUUCCAUUAUGCAAAACUGGAUAAAAUAACUCUCUUACAAGAAAUUCAUUUUGUAAUUCUUGGCAUAUUGCAGGAUUUGAGAAGAUUAGGUGGAAUUUGCAAAUAAAGGCAAACUCAACGCUUCAUGGCACAAUCCCAAGUACUUAUUAGUGAUAACUGUUAAAGUAAAAAAUGACCCAGGCACUUCUGAUGUUCACUUUGACAUGCCUGGAAUUAGAGUGAGAUGUCUCCGUGUGUCAAUUCUGAAAAUGUUGACAUUGUUUUAAUAUUGUUGACAUACUCAAUUAAAAGUGAUUUCUUAGUGUUUUGCAGUUGCUUGAGUUUUGAUGGACUGUAGCUUGGAAGCAUUCACUGCUCGUUAUUAGACCAGCAUCCCAACAGUGAUUUGGUAUGGAGUACAUUUUUGCCAGUUUUCAAUUACUAGUUAUGAGUUAUUUUUGAUAGUAAGUUAUAAUUAGAAAUAGUAAUCUGGCAACAUGUAUUUUUAUCUGUAUAUCAAAGCCACAGGAAUAAAGGGAUCCAAAGAUUAAAAUUUUAUCUAAUAUCCUUUUUUUGUUUCUCCUUCAUGUUCAGUAGUGAUUAAAUGUGGAUUACUGCACUGUUAAAAAUGGGACUAUUUAAGUGAUAGAAUCGUAAUUUUGUAUCUUUUUGUAUAGCACUAUAAGGAAGUAUUUUGUAAUUGGUUUCCAUAUGAGGUCAAGUAUUUGGCAGCAGUAGAAAUUAGAUACUAUUGUUUAGAAAAUUUUGCAUGUUAACAACAAAGCCUUUUGGGAUCCACAAAUCAUGAUACUGAACAGUUCUGAGUUUUUGUUUUGUUUGUUUUUUAAGAAAAGGCAAGUGCUGUACUUUUGCAAUAACUAUGUAUACUGUAUAAGGUCUAUUUAAAACAUAAAUUGUAAAUACCAAUGAGACGUGCUGUGAAGGUAUGAAUUGGUUUCCUCUCACUGACCAAUCCUUUGGAUUUACUUCUUUGCCGGGGGAGGGGGGUUAUAUCCCAGUAAUCAGCAGCAUGGCAUACCUUCAGUGUCCCUUGCUGCAGAAAAGUGGAGCUUUUAUUUUUAAGCCGCACAAAACAGUUCAAUAAAAAAUAGUCUUUGUAACAUUUUUUCAAGCCAA